AUGCCCUGUAGACGGUUCCCUGGGCCCGACCCUUGUCUAGAAGCAACCAUCUCUGAGAAGGUUGACCGGCUGACUGCUCCUGGCCCUGGGGACCCUUCUUCAACUGCGAACAAGCUGCCCUGGCUAGAGAACCCCAAGGAUGGAGGUAAGAUGCAGUUCGUGAGUCCUUUAGAGGCUGCCGGGCUGGCGGGACUGCUCCCACCCCUAGAGACCCACUUUGGGGGCUUGGGCUUGGGGUUUGACCUGUGUCUCCUCUGCCAGGUUCCCGCAUCCACUGCUGGGUGGAGCUGCCCAUCCAGGUUGGACCCCUCCAGAGCCGGCAGGAGGGUGGAACACGGCCUUUCCCGCCCUGGGAAAAACCAUCCCAAUUUUCCGGCAUCCACCCAUCCAUGUGCCAGGCACCGGGCACCCAAGGAGCCUUGCACAGCAUCGGGGGAUCUGGCUCAGAGCACGUCAGGCAGACCACCCCGGCCCAGACCUCCAUACCCCUGUUGUGCGACAGGGUCUGGAGCAGACCAGUGCCCAGAGGAACGUCCUGGACUCGGGGUGAUGCCAGUGGGCAGAAAAGCAGACAUAACUGCCCAGGCCAAAAGCUCCUUUGGGACAGGAGUCGAGACAGGGACAGGGACCUGUCUCUCUGGCUCGCCCAAAGAACAGCUGGAGGAAACAACUGCCUCUGUCGUCAAUGAAACCGAAAUGCAGAAGCUGCCCCCAGUAAACACUGUGUCUCUGACACCCGAGACCCCCGCUGAGGGACUAGCCAUAAGCCCCAGCGAAGAGAAGGGUUGCCCCCUCCAAGAGCACCCCGGUGGCACCAGCCGUGUCCCGCGCAGGCUGAACCCCCAAGACACAGUGACUUCCAGGCCCAAAGUGCCUCCUUCGCUCCAGCCAGCCCACCGGAGCGGCGCUUCCCAGCCUGCGGCCCCCGCGAGGUACCCCGCUCUCCCCUCUGUGGGGCCUGCCGAUCCCACGUCUCUGGGAGCAGCGCCACAUUGGGAGAAGCCAGCCACACUGGGAUCCAAAGCAUCAGCCUUGCCCCGGCCUGGCGGUGCUGCGGGUCCCGGGGUCACUGCCCAGCAAGUUGUCUCCCAGACCGGGCUGGGCACCACCUUUUUGCACCUAAGCUACCGUGACAUGUUCCACGAGCUAGCCGCCGCCACCGCCGGUGGCCCUGGGAUUUAUGAAAUGUUUGGGACGCCGGGCUAUGGACGCAUCAAGCUGGGCUGCGGCCCUGGCAGCCCUGCUCCCUCGGACAGGUGCCGGCCGCCCCCUGCCCGUGUGAGGGGCCGUGGCGGGGCCAGACACUCCCAGCAAAGAGCUCACGGGAGCCCUCCCAAGAGUGCGCGGGUGACCGGCCAGCAGCGGAGAGCAUCGAAGCCAAAGGGGAAAAGGCGCAAGUCAAACCAGGGCGGGCGACGAGAUGGGGACAGUGGCGAAGUGGCUGCCCAACAGGAGCAACAGGCUCCAGGCCCAGGACACGCCGGGCAGCAGGAUGGAGAGGAAGAGGGCCCUGUGGGAGGGCUUGUAUCGCCCACAGAGCAGCAUGACCUUAAUCCUGGGUCCGCCCUGCUGGAGGCUGCAGAAGACCAAGGAGACCCACCCAACACUCAAACCCGGGUCGUGACCCUUGGGGUCCUCAGAGCUCCACAUCGCCCUGCCCAGAGAACUCCCGCAACGUGGGCCACUCUUGGGAGGGAUUGGCCGUGGCCCACAGAGAUCCUUUCACGCCCCACUGUAGGCCGGCCAGAUACUCUGGGGAAGCUCCUGGUGCCGGUCACGCUCUCCUCGGAUCAACUGGGGCCCGGAGGCGAGCCGGCCCCAUCCCGGAGCCCCCUGACUGCCCUCCAGGACACGUGUGAGGGACGCAUCCAGGAGGUGCUGGGAGUCCCGGCGCCAGAACUGGUGGACCUUGAAGACACAGACCCUGAGUGCCUGGCCCCAGUUGCCCAGGGAAGUGAGGGAUACAUGGGGAAGCAGGUGGCUUUCACCCAGGAACAGGACGAGGUCUCACCACCGGCACUCGAGAAAGCGAACAUGUGCCGCCGGGACCGGAGCCUCCUCAGGGAACGCCUGGCUCCCCGCUCUCCUAGCAAAAUGGCGGAUCCGGAAAAGUACUUAGACCACCAGAGGCCCAUUCUGUGGACCAAGGGAGAAAUCCUUGGGAAAGGAGCUUACGGCACCGUGUACUGUGGUCUGACCAGCCGAGGGCAGCUGAUCGCCGUCAAACAAGCGUCUCUAGAGGCCUCGGACCCCAGGGCCACCGGGAUGGCCUACCAGAAGCUUCGAGCGGAAGUGGACUUGCUGCAGACUCUGAAGCACGUCAACAUCGUCACUUACUUGGGAACGAGCCUGGAGGGGAACACCGUGAGCAUUUUCAUGGAGUUCGUUCCCGGCGGCUCCAUGGCCAGCGUCGUCAGCCGCUUCGGGCCUCUGUCGGAACGGGUGCUGGGCCAGUACACUAAGCAGAUCCUGCAGGGCGUGGCCUAUCUGCACCAGAACCACGUAGUGCACAGAGACAUCAAGGGGAGCAACGUGAUGCUCGUGCCCACGGGGGUCAUCAAACUGGUGGACUUUGGCUGUGCCCGGCGCCUGGCCCACAGGGGCCCAGACGGGACAUCCAGCGAGACGCUGAGGUCGGCACACGGGACGCCGUACUGGAUGGCCCCCGAGGUGAUCCGCGAGUCCGGCUACGGCCGCAAGUCGGACAUCUGGAGCGUAGGCUGCACGGUGUUUGAGAUGGCGACGGGGCUGCCGCCGCUGGCGUCCAUGGGCAGGGUGGCUGCCAUGUUUUACAUCGGAGCCCAUCAAGGCCUCAUGCCGCCACUGCCCGGCCGCUUCUCCCAGGAUGCCGCGGACUUCAUGCAUCUGUGCUUCACCAGGGACCAGCAUGCCCGCCCGUCAGCCAUGGAACUGCUCAAACACCCCUUCCUGGAGAGCCUUGAGCAACACCCUGAAAACUCACUCUAUGCCAGGGAGCCGGCGGUAGAGGAAGCCAACACGGUUGGAUCCCAGGGUGUCCUCUCCUGAGUGGUUCUGGUCUUGAGCAGGGAGAGGUGCAAAGGGACCUUUAAUCUCUUCCUGCUUCUGGACAUGCUUGCACUAAAGGCCUCACCUUUGCAGUGUCCAAGUAGGUGGUUCCCCAGCCUUCUCUGCUAACUUAUUGUCAUUCCUCUAGAACUAACCCAAAUCCCUCCCACUGCAGCCUACCUUGUAUUCCUCGCAAUUUGUCCGAGUAUAGAAGGCGGUGCUCCAGCCAAUAAAUCAAUU